AUGAAUCAACAACACCAACAACAUGGUGGCGGUGGAAGGAUGGGCCACAACAAUCAGCAGCGUCACCAUCCCUACAAUAACAAUAAUCAAAAUAAUAGAAAUAACAAUAAUAAUAGGAUACCUAGAAAUAAUAAUAAUAAUCAACAGCAACAACAACAACCAAAUGGAGGAGAAAAUAAUGCUCCACAAGGAGGUAUUGCUGCUUUUGCACAACAACAACAACAAGCCUUGCAACAACACGGUGUUGCACAAGACGAUGGUCCAGUAGCACCAAAUUUUAUUCAACAACAACAAGGUAAAAUGGUGUAUGAUGGUAAACGUAUGAGAAAGGCUAUUGACAGAAAGUUUAUCGAUUACAGUCCUACAGUCAUCCAAUUAACUAGAAGCAGAAUUUAUGAAAGAUCAAAGAGAGAUUUAAUGUAUAUACCUCCACAUCCUGCUUAUGAAAUUAACUUAUUACCACCAUCAGCCUAUAAACAAAAUCCAACAACAUGUAUUACAAGUAAUUUUGAACACUCAAGUACAAACAAGGAAAGAUAUGCUGUUCACGUUGUUUCUUGGACACCUGAUGGUAGAAGAUUGUUGACAGGAAUAUCAAGUGGACAAUUCACAUUGUGGAAUGGUAUGGCCUUCAACUUUGAAACUAUUCAAUUAGCACACAACGAUCCAAUCAGAGCCAUGGUUUGGAAUCACAACGAUACUUUCAUGGCAAGUGCUGAUAACGCAGGAGCUAUUAAAUAUUGGCAACCUAAUAUGAAUAACGUUUUAGAAAUUAAAAAAGGACACGAGGAAUGUAUUAGAGAUUUAGGAUUUGCACCAUCUGAUUCAAAGUUUUGCAGUUGUUCCGAUGAUGGUACUAUUAAGGUUUGGGAUUUUGAAAGAGCAACAGUUGAAAAUACUUUAAGUGGUCACGGUAGUGACGUCAGAUGUUGUGAUUGGCAUCCAAGAAAUAGUUUAAUUGCUAGUGGUGCUAAGGAUUACCUUGUAAAAUUAUGGGAUGCUAGAUCUGCUUCAUGUGUUGCUACUCUCCACGGUCACAAAAAUACUAUUUUCAAUAUCAAGUGGAAUAUGAACGGUAACUGGGUUAUGAGUUGUUCAAAGGAUCAACUUAUCAAAUUAUAUGAUAUUAGAUAUCUUAAGGAAUUCCAAACAUUCAAAGGGCAUAACAGAGAAGUUACUUGUCUUGCCUGGCAUCCAUUCCAUGAAAACUUAUUUGCCAGUGGUUCUUAUGAUGGUAAUAUUAUGUUUUGGAUGGUUGGUAAUGAAUCUCCACAGGCUAAAAUUAAGGAAGCUCACUCAAGUGCUGUUUGGGAUAUUGCAUGGCAUCCAUUCGGUCAUAUUUUAUGUUCUGGAAGUAAUGACCACUCAACCAAGUUUUGGGUGAGAAAUAGACCUGGUGAUAAGAUGGAUGACAAGUAUAAUGUUCAUGAAUUACCUCUUCCUUACCAAAUGCUUACUCAAAAUUCCCAUCAACCUUCAGCCAAGGACACUUUUACAUCAUCUUCAAGUUUCUUACCUGGCUUGGGUCCAAAAGCCAUUCCAGGUUUGUAAGUUUGAGGAUGGAUUCACCAUUUGGCUUAUUGACAUUUUUAAAUUUGGAAAUAUAUCUUCACAUGGCAUAUUUUCAAACAAAAUAAUGGAAUUGACUUUUGCUGAGAAUGCAUCAGAUUAAAUUGUUAAUGAAAUCAUCAAAAGAAUAAAAAUGUAGAAAUUAAUAUGUUU